CAAAGCAUAUGAUUAGCUCAAUAUUUUUAAUCAUAAAAAACAAUUAACCUCUAACUCUGCUAUUAAUUAAAUUAGACGGUCCACUAACUCUAUAUAUCUCCAACUCUCAUAAUCCAUCACGUCCUCAUCACUACACAUUGAAAGAGACAAACGCUAAACCAUCACAUAAACAUAACAUAGUACCAAACCCCAUUUCUUGUCUUGUGUCUUCUAUCUCCCCCAUGGAAGCCAAGAAGUCCAACAAGAUCAGAGAGAUCGUUAAGCUUCAACAGAUCCUCAAGAAAUGGCGAAAACAAGCUAUUGCAUCAAAAGCAGCCAACAACAAUACCACUGAAGAGAACAAUAACAAUGGUGGAGGUAGCAAGAGCAUCAAGUUUCUGAAGAGGACAUUGUCAUUUACAGAUGCAACAGCUGUUCCUAAAGGAUAUCUAGCUGUCACGGUCGGGUUAGAGAAUAAGAGGUACACUAUACCAACAGAGUACCUUCGCCACCAAGCUUUUUAUGUUCUUUUACGUGAGGCAGAAGAAGAGUUUGGGUUUCAACAAGCCGGUGUCUUGAGGAUUCCGUGUGAAGUUUCGGUUUUCGAGAGUAUAUUGAAGAUAAUGGAGGAGAAGAACGAAGGGUACCUGGUGACGACAACAACAGCUAAGCAGGAGUGUAAGUUCAAUGCAGCAGCAGAUGAUAAGACGAGCUACCGGCAUCCAUCUGAUUGUCCUCGGACUCCUGCACACCAACCUCACAACAUCCCAAUGUGCAGAUAGUUUUGUUCAUUUCUUGCUUCUGCAUUUUCUUCUUCCUCCUCUUGUAUUGACUUGAGCCAUUCUGCUUAUUCCCACUUUUUCUCUAGGAAUAUGGAUUUGUGUGCUUCAAAACUUCUUAGUAAGAGAAGAUAUUUCUGAAUAAUGGAAUGUACAAACGGAUCAUUGAAACUAUUAUGAUGACCUCUAUUCCUUAAGACUAUUUAUUUUUUC